GGUGCCGAGGCGGCCAUCGUGGGGGCGAUUUCUCCUCAGGCGACGGCGGGAAGGAUUUUUGGAGGCUUCGUUUCGCGGCUGGGUUUUCCUUUUUUCCCUUCGUGAUGGAGGCCGCCGAGGUCGAAUUCCUGGCGGAGAGAGAGACGGUCACCAUCAUCCCCAACUUCAGCCUGGACAGGAUUUACCUCAUCGGGGGCGAGCUGGGCCCCUUUAACCCGGGGCUGCCGGUGGAGGUGCCUCUCUGGCUGGCCCUCAACCUGAAACAGAGGCAGAAGUGCCGGCUGGUGCCCCCCGACUGGAUGGAUGUGGAAAAGUUGGAGCAAAUGCGAGAUCAGGAACGCAAAGAGGACACUUUCACCCCAAUGCCUAACCCUUAUUACAUGGAAUUAACUAAGUUAUUGCUGAACUAUGCUGCAGAUAAUAUUCCAAAGGCUGAUGAGAUAAGAACUUUGGUUAAGGAUAUCUGGGACACGCGAAUAGCAAAACUUCGUGUAUCUGCAGAUAGUUUUGUCAGGCAGCAAGAGGUUCACGCCAGGCUGGACAAUCUGACUCUGAUGGAGAUCAACACCACCGGUGCUUUCCUCACCCAAGCUCUGGAUUACAUGUACAAGUUGCGAUCAAACCUCCAGCCAGGAGGGGCUGUCGAAUCCCAGGAAUUUUGACAGCAGGGGUUUUUCAUGAUCAGAACGAUGACUCUUUUCAGCCUUUACCUCUCUGGCGUUCACUGGCUUCAGAGAAGAACUAGGCUGUGGCAAACUGUGAUGUAACGUUCUUCAUAGCAUUUGUUUGUGGGGGGUAAAAAUGAUCUGCUAAACGAUCAUCAGCCUGGUACCUUUGCCAGUGCUACCACAGGGUUGCUGUUGUCUUUUGGCGGGUGAGGAGGACCCUUGACUCCCCUUGGCAAGCAGGCUCAGUGUGCCCAACACACUCCCAAGAUGCAUCAGUGUAACUAUUCAAGGUUGCCUGGCAUUUGUGCUAGCUUGUUUUCCUAGUGUUUGUAAGUUGGAAAGAGGAAGCAAGUUAGUUGCCCCUCUGGGGGACGCUGUUCCUUCAAGGUCAUGACCUUCUGAUCUGUAUGUAAAAGGAGAUUAUUUUAGUCUUCUGAAUGCAUAGUUCUCGGCACCUGCCUAGGAAGUGACUUGUGCUUGGCAACUCAACUUUACAUGCCACGCUGGAUUUGCCACUGUGUUACUCAUGGAAUCUACCCGCCCAUUACCUUCGGAGAUAAAGGAUUUUUUCCCCCCAGAGGCCAUGAAUGUGAUCACGGAGGUAUGGUGCCUUUUUGUGUGUGUCUGCCAAAAGAGACAGAACAGCUUUAUGAAGAAACGAAGCCACAAAACCCACAGAGUUUGGCUUCGGUUCCAUUUUUCUUUUAAAUGCUUGCUGUGGAGACUGUGACUAAACCAGCUGUUUGCAAGUAGCCAGAUUCUAGCUAUAUUAAUCAUAUAAGCAGUUUCACUGUUAGUCAUAAUAACACAUGUUGUUAGCCAUCAAUUUUUAAAUAUUUGUAGACAGCACUUUACAAUGCGGGGGCACUACAGGGAUUUGCUGUAGUGUUUUAUUAGGUAAUGAUCAAAUAAAUAUUUUAAAAAGCA